AUCAUCAACAAAGAAUCCAACUUUAAAGUAGAGAUAGAUAUUGAAGAUUUUGCUCCCGAGGAACUAACGGUUAAAACAUUGGACAAGAAGGUGGUAGUCAGUGGACGACGAGAGGUCAAAGAAGCAAACAGAUCAUCCACGAAAGAGCUGUCUAGGGAAUAUAAUAUACCAGAAACAGUAGACCCCAUUACUGUUAAAGCUUUCUUUACUGAUGGUGGUCGUCUGAUUGUAGAAGCUCCCUACAAAACAAAUACUAAU